AAUACAAACAAGUUUUCAUAAGAACAAAUCCAUAAAAAAAAAUUGAAAUUUUUUCAAGAUUGUUCCCUCUUUGUAUGUACCUAUGUAGAGAUCAUUUGGGUAUUAGGGGAAUUGUGUUGUAUAGAUUUUUUAUACUGCAUUGUCGAAUUGAGCCAUGGCGGAUUCCGGGGGAGAGAAGAAAAGAGUAGUGGUGAUUGGAGGUGGAGUUGCUGGAUCUCUUAUUGCAAGGAGUCUUCAAGAUGAAGCCAAUGUUACCCUCAUUGAUAUGAAGGAGUAUUUUGAGAUUCCUUGGGCUUCAUUGAGGUCAAUGUGUGAUCCUUCAUUUGCAAAACGAGCCGUCUUUAGUCACUCCGAAUACCUUCCCCAUGGAAAUGUCAUUACAUCUGCUGCUGCUAACAUCACGGAUACAGAGGUUGUAACUGCAAAAGGCGACAAAGUUGCGUAUGAUUUUGCUGUUAUUGCUACUGGUCACUCGGAAACUGGUGCUUACACGAAAGAUGAGAAGUUUUCUCAAUACCAAACAGAUCAUCAAAAGAUUAAAUCUGCCAGCUCCAUAUUAAUAAUCGGGGGAGGACAAACAGGCGUGGAACUGGCUGCUGAAAUUGCUGUGGAUUAUCCCGAUAAGAAGGUGACGAUUGUGCAUAGGGGAUCAAUGUUGUUGGAAUUUAUCGGAGAAAGUGCCAGCAAUAAGGUAGUGCAUUGGCUAAAAUCAAGGAAGGUUGAGAUCAUAUUGGGGCAAUCUGUCGAUGUAAAUUCUGCAAAAGAUGGUGUUUACAAAACAUCUGGUGGACAAACUAUAGAUGCUGAAUGCCAUUUCAUUUGCAUUGGAAAGCCGAUAGGUUCAGGGUGGCUAAAAGAAACCGUCUUGAAAGGUAGUUUGGAUAUUCAUGGAAGGUUGAUGGUUGAUUCUGAUUUGAAGGUCAAGGGUCGAAGCAAUGUCUUUGGUAUCGGAGAUAUUACUGAUAUCCCUGAACUUAAACUAGGAUAUUUGGCACAAAGACACGCGGGGAUAGCUGCCAAGAACAUAAGAUUGUUAAUGAAGAACGCUAACGACAACAACUUGAAUGUAUAUAAACCUGCUUUACCAUUGUCGUUAAUCGCUCUAGGAAAAAAAGAAGCUGUAGCACAGUUUUACUGUUUAUCGUGUAUUGGACGCCUUCCAGGGAUGAUAAAAUCGGGAGAUUUAUUCGUUGGGAGGACUCGAAAGCAACUUGGUUUGCUAUCUGAACUUCAAUAAACAUGUAUUCUUUAGCUAGUUCCCCUGUAAACAUAGUUGUUCAUAAUAUUUCAUAUUCAGUUAGAUGGACCUUCUUCUUCU